AUGUUAGUGUUUAGUCAAGAAUUCUGGCCUCCAGAUUGGUCCAUGGUAGAAGCUACGGGCUCUAUUACUGGAGUUGGAGUUCCUGAUGAUACUCAACAUAGUGCUGCAGUGUUAAGGUGUCAAGAUGAGGAAGGACAAACAGGAUGGUUUCAGCCCUAUAUAGUCUCUGGAAUUGCAGUCAACUUAUGGGGCCGGGAUGUUUUAGAAGGUUUACAAGCUUUUAUUAUUACCAAGAAGGGACAGCAGUUAAUACCUCAGAUGGGAUAUCAAGCUUGUCAAGGCUUAGGAAAAGAUAAUCAGGGCAUUAAAGAACCCAUUCAAGCCAAAAAAACACAGGAAGACAAGGAUUAG